CUUUACACACCCUUCUUUAAAUUCCACUCACCCCACGAACAAAAUCCCCUCCCCCCCAAAAAAAAAAAAAACAAAAUCCCUCACCCCAAUUGUGUAGUCACCUCAGGCCUCAAUUCAACCCUUUUUUUUCUCUCUCCAGGACACACACAAAGCGAAGAAAAGCGAAACAGAAGGCGGAAAAAUAGGAGCAAGAACCUCAUUUGAACCAGUCAAAAAAAAAAAACUAAAAAUUGCUCAUAGAAAACCACAAAUUCCCACCAUUUCGGAGGGAGCUUGGGGCUUGGGUCUUGAACCAUUUCCCUAGUAUAUCAGCCAAGCCACCCCCUCCGAAUCAGUUCGCCACCACGGCCAGCCACUAAACACCUCCCCCAGCUACCACCCAUGGCAGAUCAUCCUCAAUUCACCAUCCUCUAAUUCUCGGAUAUUUUCCCAAUAUCCCCAAUCAAAAGUCCCAUUUUUAGUUCUUGAUCUUCGUUGAUACAAGGAAUUUUCUUGGGUUUAAUCGAAGGGUGGAUAUAAUAUGCCUAGACAAAUUGUUCUCCGUCCACCACCGUUGUCGGCGGACCGCCAGCAACCUUUAUUGGCCAGCCAGAACUCGUCGUCUAGGGGUAGCGUGCGGUUGGCGGAGGUGGCCGGUGGCACCGCAGCGGAGUGCGCGGUGGUGUGCUGUUGCUGCCCAUGUGGGCUCGUCAACCUCUUGGUGCUGGCCGUGUACAAGCUGCCUGCGGGUCUUUGCCGGAAUGCUAUCCGGCGUAAGCGCCGUCGCCGGAUGAUCAAGAAGGGACGAUUGCCACGGCGGGGGUGCGGGUGUGAUGACACGGAGCUUCAAUUGCAUCAGGUUUCGAUGCCUGCCACCGAUAAGCUGGUGAAUGGUUCCGCCAUGGAUUCCGAUAAGGAUGUUCUCGAGUUGGAGAAGGAAAUGUGGGAUAGGUUUUACGGUACUGGCUUUUGGAGAAGUCCUUCUCAGAGGAGUGACGGCAAGUAAAGGAGGAGAUAUUUUGGAGCAUAGUGCUCAUUGUUUGGCCUUUGGACUGAUUUUCUUGCUCAUACGGAUGAGUUGUUGAAAUGUUCCACACUUUUGUACUUGUGUUUGGCAAUGUGUUGUAAAAAUAUAUAUAUCACCAUGCAAGGCAUUUUUAUAUUUU